AUAAGGCAUUUAGCCAUAACUCGUAUGACAAGCGAAGAGAGAGGUGUAGGUUACGUCAGUUUUAUCUUUACGAGGAAUCUGUAAUAUAAUAUACAUUAUAUUUACCAUUUUGAGUGAUAUUUGUUGAAAAUGGCAGAAGUCGAUGUAAUCUGCCACCGUGAGACAUUUCAUGUUGAGAUGCUUGGAUCCGUAGAAGACGCUAGCUUAGACUCCUCGUCAAGGUCAGUAGUCAUUGAAUCACAAGAGCCAUCUAGUGGCUAUGUUCAUAACGACUGCGAUCGACAUAGUACUAGUAGCCAGAGUGAUGGAAAUGAUUUGGAAGGAGAAAAAUGUAUAGAUGGUCUGCAGCACAAGAAAAAGAGUCGAAGAGGUAAGUAUAAACACAGAAAACGGAAAUGGAAGCCUUAUUACAAAUUAUCUUGGCAGGAAAGGCGAGAACUAGAUGAACGGGAAACUAUGAGAGCGAACCGAGUUCGUGAAGUUAUGUUUGCUCAGGGGCAGGCUGUAGCACCGUACAAUACAACACAGUUUCUCAUGGACGACCAUAAUGUCCAAGAACCUGAUUACGAACAUAUCAACGACGGACAUCGCCACAUACAACGGGAAACCAGUGGUGAUUUCUCGGACGAGUUUUACAGCUCUCCAGAAGAUGAGGAAGAUUUCCUUCAACAGCAGUUUAGCGAGACAUAUGAAGAUGUUCAUGCGGAACGCUUAAAUUCCAUGACCAAAAACGAUCUUGUUCAAGAAUAUAUACAGUUAGAAGAUAAAGUCGAAGAACUGGAAGUAAAGUUACGAGACGCUAAAGCCAAAGAUUGUGCGCCGUCAAAAAAAUCUGUAACGGAUAGGGAAGUACAGACCCCGUCUACAGAGCAGUGGGAGAAAAGUAGGAUUUUUGAACAAGAGAUCCUGAAGCUGAUGGAGGAAAACCAGCAUCUGAAGAAAGAAAAUAAGAAACUGAGAAGUAUGGUUAGUGAUAGUUCGUCGACAUCGUGACAAAACUGCCAAACUCAAAACCAUUUUGUCGUCAUCUCACUGUUGUACAGAUGUACAAAAGUUAUUUCAUUGUUAUAUUUUUGUUUCAUGUUAUACUUUUUAUUAUAAAAAACAAGAUGAUGAGAUUUUAUUCUCUGAAGACUUUAAAACAUCUAUUGUUUACAGAUUGCAUUGUAGAAGGAAUGAACUUCCACUGUUAAUUUGUAAAUAUUAAGUACUAAUUAAACAUUUUAUUUCAUUAAUGUA